AAAGUAAAAUCACUUUGCGUCAUUUCCUCCGUGGAAGCUUGGAAAAAAAGGAACUCGACGCAUACUAGAAAAGUAGAACACGAACUCUUUGUGGUCGAACAUUAUACAACAAUGGCGACGAUCAAGGCUGUCAAAGCUCGUCAGAUAUUCGACAGUCGUGGAAAUCCCACUGUUGAAGUUGAUGUUGUUCUUUCUGAUGGAAUCGUAGCUAGAGCUGCUGUCCCCAGUGGUGCUUCAACUGGUAUCUAUGAAGCUCUUGAGCUGAGAGAUGGAGGAUCUGAUUACCUUGGAAAAGGUGUCCUCAAGGCUGUGGAGAAUGUGACUUUGAUUAUUGGACCUGCUUUGGUUGGCAAGGACCCAACAGAGCAGACCAAAAUUGACAACUUCAUGGUACAGCAACUUGAUGGAACCGUCAAUGAAUGGGGUUGGUGCAAGCAGAAGCUUGGAGCUAAUGCUAUAUUGGCAGUGUCUCUUGCUGUUUGCAAAGCAGGUGCUAUGGUGAAGAAGAUUCCCCUUUACCAGCACAUUGCCAAUCUUGCUGGUAACAAGAACUUGGUGCUACCUGUACCUGCAUUUAAUGUCAUCAAUGGAGGUUCUCAUGCAGGCAAUAAGCUGGCUAUGCAGGAAUUUAUGAUUCUACCUGUUGGGGCAUCUUCCUUCAAAGAAGCCAUGAAGAUGGGUGUAGAAGUUUAUCAUCAUCUUAAGGCUGUCAUAAAGAAGAAGUAUGGACAAGAUGCCACUAAUGUUGGUGAUGAAGGUGGUUUUGCUCCUAAUAUUCAGGAAAACAAAGAGGGUCUUGAGCUGCUUAAGACAGCUAUAGCAAAAGCUGGGUAUACUGGAAAGGUUGUGAUUGGGAUGGACGUUGCUGCUUCUGAAUUCUAUGAUAGCAAAGGCAAAACCUACGAUCUGAAUUUCAAGGAAGAGAACAAUGAUGGAUCCCAAAAAAUAUCAGGAGACAGUUUGAAGAAUGUUUACAAGUCAUUUGUGUCGGACUAUCCAAUUGUAUCCAUCGAGGAUCCAUUUGACCAGGACGAUUGGGAGCACUACUCAAAGUUGACAGGUGAAAUUGGUGAACAAGUGCAAAUUGUUGGUGAUGAUCUCCUUGUCACAAACCCUAAGCGUGUGGAAAAAGCAAUUAAGGAGAAGAGUUGCAAUGCCUUACUCUUGAAGGUGAAUCAAAUUGGCUCUGUGACUGAAAGUAUUGAGGCCGUUAGAAUGUCCAAACAUGCUGGCUGGGGCGUCAUGGCUAGUCAUCGAAGUGGUGAAACUGAGGAUACCUUCAUUGCAGACCUUUCGGUUGGAUUGGCGACGGGCCAGAUUAAAACUGGUGCACCAUGCAGAUCGGAACCUUCUGAGGAUCGAAGAAGAGUUGGGUCUGCUGCUUUCUAUGCUGGAGCAAAUUCAGAGCACAGUACAACUUACUAG